AUGUUCACAGGUCUUGUUGAGAUCAAAGGAGUUGUCUCCGACAUCAAACUCGACAGUCAAUAUGGUGCCACUCUCACCAUCAGCAAUGCCUCCUCAAUCCUCGGAGACUGCGGACUCGGCGACAGCAUUUCCGUAAACGGUAUCUGCCUUACAGUCACAACCUUCACGGAGGAUAGUUUUACAGUUGGUUGCGCUCCAGAAACUCUUCGUCGUACAAACGUCGGCUCUCUACAAGUCAACUCCGAAGUCAAUCUCGAACGCGCCGUUUCUGCGAACACACGUAUGGGAGGACAUUUCGUACAAGGACAUGUGGAUACUGUCGCAGAGCUGAUCAAGAGAGAAGAGGAUGGAGAGGCUUUAACCCUGAGAUUGAAGCCCAGAGACAAACAAGUGAUGAGAUAUAUUGUAGAGAAGGGAUAUGUCACGCUUGACGGAGCCAGCUUGACGAUUACCAAGGUUGAUGAGGAAUGGUUUGAGAUUAUGUUGAUCGCAUAUACCCAAACGAAAAUAGUCACAGCUCUCAAGAAAGAAGGAGAAUAUAUCAACGUCGAGGUGGAUCAAAUUGGCAAAUACAUUGAGAGAGCUGUGGAGGGAUAUUUCGCCCAAGGAACCGGUGGAGAUAUUGCCAUCUUGGAAAAAAUGGUGGAGCGCAUUGUUGAGGCAAAGCUAGCAAAGCUUUCCGGAAAUUAAUGUGGCCUCUUUGCUCCGUAGGAUACCCAGAAUUAACACAAGGGCUAUACCCAUUUUUCGCCACCUGAAAAAAAUUAGAGUUUAAAAAGCUUUUCUUGUUAUAUGGGACGUUGAUCUGCGGGUAAAAACUAAGAUCUCAAAGUCCUUAACACGCACAAAACUUCAAUUCUGGGAUAUGAUAUAUCUGCAGUGUUCUCUUCAAUAAACAUAAGCCCCAAGCCAGAUAUUCAACGCGAACCCUAAGAGUUCGGAUCAAGCGGUAAAGAGUCUGUCAGUGCAGUGGCAGCAUAUUUCCGCAGGAACUCUCCUUACUCUUCCACACAAAAGCCCUUCAAUUGAGGGAUUUUUGAUGUC